AUGUCUUCUGAUCCAAAGGCACUGUGUACCUCUCCUUCCACUGAAAAGAAAAGGGGAAAAGAGAGAAAAAUCAAAAGAAAAAGAGAACGAGAAAGACAGAGACGGUCAAACCUAAGGAAAAACAAUCAGAAAAAAGACGAGGAGGAGUCAACAAACCUAAAAAAAAGUUUUCCAGAUCAGGCUCAGAUUAAUCCUGCUUUUUCUGGAAAUGGUCCAGAUAUGUUUGGUAUAGUGUCAAGCAUCAUGGAAGAACCAAACAAGACAGAACCUCUUUCAGAGUGGAGUUCCUUGUCCAGAAUGUUUCCCGAUGUGUGGUCACCUAUUGAUGGAGUUACUAUUAAUUCUUCUGAACAUGAUAGCAGUAGCAUGCUAGACAGUAGUAGCUUUGCAGACCAACAUUCACUACAGAACUGCUAUCAAGGUAAUUUACAGACAUCACCUGAAAAUCAAGUAGAAACUCUUUGCCAGGGUUUUCAAGACAUGAAUCUUGUGGAGUCAUGGCUAUCUUCAGUGAGAGAGAAUUCUGAUCUUAGUAACCAACAGUCUACAGAAUUCAAACCAAUGUAUGUGGAAAAAUCUUUGUUCAGAUUGAAUACCCCUAGUCAACAAGAAAGUUUCUCUGCACAAGCCAGACAGUUUGAUAUCAACAGAAACUUUGACUGUGAAAGGACUGGUAAUGGUCAUGAAAAUAUGCCUUAUUUAAACAAGUGUCAUUUUCAAAAUAAAAAUAAAGGUAGCAUUGAUAUGAAUAAAGAGCAUUUCAAAGCUGAGAGGUUUACAAAGAACCGGUAUACCAAAAACAGUUCACGGGAUCAGUCAAGAACAGUUGUAGAUCAGACAAAUCAUUCUGUUGGUGAUACAUGGGGUAGGGCUUUCCUUCAAAAUCAUCACUCCCCUAAAAGAUACAAAGACUUUUCAGUUGUGCAGGAGUACAGUAAUACAUUAUCACCUUCUCUUAGUAACUUUGGGCAGCAAUUUUCCAAAGAAGACUGUUUUUCUGGGGUGCCAAACCAGAAUCCUGUUUUGGAUGUUACAUGUAAAGACUAUGUACGUAAUUUAAGGGGAAAUUUUGACAGUUCUGACAAAGUUCAUCUCAGUCCAGUCAAUAGUCUUCCUAGGUCCCCUGAGUACAUAAAGCCAGUACUUCAGAAUGUAGAUCGUCAUACUUUUACUGGGGGACAGAUAUGGUCUGAUGAUGAUGUACUCAGUCCUACUGUUAAGCAUGAUGCAGUUCAUGGAAAUCAGAAAGCAGCAUGUAGUCCUCAGGCAUCUUCCUCUUCUGGAGUUUCUACCAUGUCUAGCAGUGGAUCUCCCACGCAACUUCGUACAUCCCCUGUUGCACAACCAACUUACUACCCUCAGACACCUCCAUUAUGUAAGUCAAGGCAAGAGGGAAGGUUUGAAAUGCUAGGUGACAAUUCGGCAUUCUCCUCCCCCACAAAGCAGACCCACAGAGUGACCACAGGACAUCAAAUAACCUUGUCAUCUACAAAUGAGGACCAGUAUUGCAAGCCACCCCUCAACUUUUCAAAUUGGACAGCUCAUCGUAAUUCAGGCAAUGAUAAUUCUGAUAAAUAUCACCGAUUCCGUAACAAGCAUGGUCAAAACAGCAAUACUAGAGAUGACAGGCGAGGUCAUAAGCCUUGGUUUCUACAACAGAGCCAUUUUGGCCAGACUCACAGUCAGCAAAACAGUUACAGAAGAAAACAGGACCAAGACAGUGGAAACUUGUCCGAUUUCAUUAAUCAUGCUUUUAUCCCUCAUGUACCGUUUGGUGUGUCUGAUUUCUUGCAAAAUCCAAACUUGCCCCACUUUAACCCACAUACAUUUUCUUCACCACCUAGUUUUUCAUUUCCAUCUUCAACUUUUCCAUUCUCUGAAUUAAUUGACUUGUUUCAUUAUGAAGAUUUUAACCAACUGAACCCAUUUUUUAAUGAGCUUUUUUACAGAGACAUGGCUGCACAGUACUUUUGUUUUCCUCCCCCUUUUAACAAGUUCAGACCUAUGCGAAAUCGUAGUGGACCUGCAAAUGAACUUCAUACCAGGUUAGAGCAAUGUUAUGAGCAAUGGAGAGCCUUAGAAAAGGAGAGGAAAAAGACUGAGGCUGAUCUUGCAAGAAACUUUCCAGGAAAAAGAGUCUCCAGUUCAAAUAACAAUCCCAUUCCUCGACUGCCUGCAAAUCCAUCAAGGGUGGAUCGUUUGAUUGUGGACCAGUUACGUGAGCAAACAAGGGUUCUGACAUUGAUUAGAAAAAUGGAAAGACUCCGUGGAUUUCCUAUCCAUGCUAAUAUAUCUGCUGCUGUUGACCGUCAUUUAGAAGCAGUCCACAUUACUCAAGCACGGCGCAAAGAUGAAAUUAUUAAUGCUGCAAACCGCCAGAGACAGGGGGCACCUCGCUACAGUAAUGAGAAAGACGUUCUUGCUCUUGCUGCUGCCAUCAAAGAGCUGUCUGUCUCUACUCGCAAAGCACGUACUGCUCUCUGGUGUGCCCUGCAGAUGACUUUACCAAAAACGUCCUUCAGCUACCUAGCAAAACCAGAGGAUGUUGAAAAAGCAUUGCAGGAGCUUUGUCCUGGUACUAAUGGAGCACAGGAAGAAACUGGCACUGAAAACAAAACCCAGCAGAAGAUGGAAAAGAACCUGCUAGCAAAGAACAAAAUAGAAGUCCAACAUGAAAGUGCAACAGAAAAGUGGAAUGAGGUGAUGAUGUCAAGAGGCAAAGGGAUUGCCUUUGAGUUUUACAGAAACCUUCCAGUUAAUUAGAGAAAAUAGUCACUUAGCUGCAACAAACAAGAUGUUUAUUUACAGAUAAGGAGCUGCAACAAGCAAGUUGUUUAUUUACAGGAAAAGGGAACUUUAUUUUCCAUGUUUGGUGCUGUAUUCAAAUAAGAAAACCAGCAGAAUACUGGGCAUUAUAUGCAAAGCUGAGAGAAUAUGCCAUCUGAAUUAGCUGUGAUUCUGUUUAACCACUGGCUUACCUCUAGCCGCAAAUUAUUUUGAAAUUUGAUGUCGCAGUCAUUUCCCCUCUCCCUUUUCCUUCAGUUCAAGUAUUCAGACUGAGAUGUGUGUUGUGCACACGCAUGAUUUAUUAGAGUAACAUUUUUUAAGAUCUCAUUUUUCUCAGUUCAGCAAAGCACUGUCCUUAAAAUUUUAUUUAUUUUUUGCACUUCCAUCUCCUUCAUGUGGUAUAUAGAUAUGACUUGUUCGUAAUCUAGGUGCAAAGAAGGACUUUUCUCAUAGUCGUAUGUAAUGGAGAUCAGUUGCAUGAGCAAAUAACAAUACCGUAGUCUGGUAGUGCUUCAUUUGACUUAAAGAGUUUACAGGUGGAUCGGACACUAAAUUGGCCGUAGGUGAGAGUGUGUGUGCGAGUAAGUGGUAUGAAUGAGCUAUCGUGGCAAGGCUAGCCACCCAGCAGUGUAAGCCUUGGCUUGAGAUGAUUGUCGCUGGUGAAGUGACACCCCGAUCCCAUAUGCAAAAUGGGAAAGGGGGUUGAGGAUGGAUGGUUGGAUGAAUGGAAUGCUCUAACAAGUGUGGGAAAGAUUAUUUUGGCUUGCAGUUCUUUUUAUUUUUUUUGUCUCCAUGUGACAUUUACAAGACUGGUGGUGGCUAUUCAUUAAAUUGGUUUCAGUAUUUCCUAAAUUGGUAGAAAGAGCGGAUAGUAUUUAACUUGUCUGAAAUACUGGUGUCCAUUCUUAAACUUGUAGGAAUUUUAUUUUGAGAACACCUUAUCAGUUUUGGAUUAAUUUUUUAUACUGAAUAAUGACUUUAAAUGCAAGUCAUCAGAUCUUGUACACUUGUGUGGUUGUAUGUAUGAUACGCGUAUAUGUAUACACACAUUACUCACUCAAAGUAUGCAUAUUAUACAUGUAAUAUGUCAGCAGAGAACAAGGUGAAAACUUGCAAUGACUGUCUGUCUUUGUCCAGACAGAAUUACUGUCCUUGGUUGAGCUGUUUAAAAAUGAAAGUCAUUUAAUGCUGCAUUUUAGUUACCCUGAAGUAAUCUGUACUGUACUAAUUCUUUCUCACACUUUAUUUUUAACAGUAAUGCUGCAAAUGCAAGUGUAUUAUUUAAUCCCAUUGAAGACUUAAAGUAAUAAGUUACUGUUACUAAUAAUAGUAGUAAUAUGGCAGUUUAGAGUGCUUUAAGAUUAGCGUAAAAAAAAUUAUGGAUUACUUUUUUCUGAAAUUCAGUUUUUGUGCCAUUGCCACUUAGCAGUAGUGCUUUUUUGGUGUGUUAAUUGCCAUUUUGAAUCAUUGUAGUCCAGACUUUAAUGCAAGGCCCCGCUACACUUUAUUAAGGUACACUGUGGCUCAGUAAUGCCUACUUUAUGCAUCUUGGUUUAUUGGUCUAGUACAGUGGUUUUAGCUUCAGCUUAUUAUGUUAUUCAGUUAAUGCAUAUAUACACUUCAGAAUAUGUUAUAGGUCAAAAAAAUGACCAGUACCAAAGCACGUUGUUGAGCUUAUGCAAAAACUAAUUUGUAUACUUAGUGUAAACUUCAUUAUAGUGAAAUUGUUAAGUUCCUUCUGCAAGGUAAUGAAAACAAGUCCGUUGUGCCAUUUAUGUCUUAAAGUAUGUAUAAUAAGAUUGAAAAUAGGGUUAAAACAGUUUACAGACAAAUUAGUUUAGCUAAUGUCUUAUAGUGUGUGUGGUCAGGUGUUUGAGAAUAGGCUUGUUGUUGUGUAAUUAUGCUUUGACUUUGUGUGUAUUUGUAUCCAUCUGAAGUCAUUGCAGCAAUAUUACAGCAAUGCUGUACUUGAUAGACAUGCAUAAUUACAGACUGGCAUCUCUUACUUGUACCAUCAAUACAGAGAGAUGCAAAGGCUUAGGUAAGCCUCUUUAAAGCUUUUUUUAAGACAGGAGGUGUUUAUGUUCACUGUCAUCAUACCUUGUGUAUGACUUAGUGUAACACAGGCAGAAUUGUUAAUGCAUAUUAAGGUUUCUGUUGUAACACAAGUUUGAGUGGCUGUAUAGUAUCUGUUUUUAAGGUUCUGUUGUACGGGUCCCAGUUCCAGGUUCAUUCCUGACCUCGUGUUACUGUUAUUGUGGACUUUGUGUAUUUUCUCUUUCCUUUGUGUGGAUUUUCUCUAUCUAGGUGCUCUUAUUUUUUCAGACCUUGUAAAACAUGAUUUUUUGUGUGUGUGUGUGUGUGUGUGUGUGUGUGUGUGUGUGUGUGUGUGUGUGUGUGUGUGUGUGUGUGUGUGUGUGUGUGUGUGUGUGUGCACUUGUACAUGUGUUGCAUUUUCUUUUUCACACCCUUUUCCCUUGUGGAUUAGUUGUUGGCUGGAAGUGGUUGGCAGUAAACUGAUUAAUUUAACAAACGAGUCUUACAUCAGCAACCUUAUGUGUAUGGGAAGUCAUGCACUAUCCUUCUUUUUAUACAGGUUAGGUUGAUAGCACUGUAUUGUAAUUGUUUGCAUAUAUCUUCCAAACACUGUGAUACAGCAUAAUUGUUCACCUUUCGUAUCCUUUUCCGUAGUUCCCUGUACUUGAACAGGAUCCUUUGUUUCUCAUAAAUUAAAAAAAAAGGUAUAUAAAUGUUAUAAAAGUGUUAGCCUCCUUUGCAGAACUAGAUGUGUUUAUAUUACUAUAAGCCUUUAUAUACCCAGUGCAUUUAUUUUAAAGUUAAGUUUAUUCGUGAGGUUUUAGUUGCUGUUGUUUUGAAGUAUAGAAGUACUUCAGGCCAUGGAAGCCCUGGCAUUAAGAACUGUACUAAUGUUGUCAUGUCUUGUGUUAAUAAGUGCGUUUCUUCAUAUUUGAGGUCAUGCAGUAGUUUUGUGUUUCAUAUCUUAGAGUAGGGUAAGAUUUGGAGAUUUAUGCCAGUUUAAGUUAAUCAUUUUUCGUUUUGUCUGUCACUUUGUACAAUUUAUGAAGUGAUGUAGCAUCAGUACUGUGCUGAUAUUUUUAUAUGACUUGUGUUUGGUGUGUG